CUGAUGCUCGAAAUAGCUGCUUAUAUAAGAGUGCUGGUGCAUCCCAGCUAUCAGAACGCGGAUGUUUGCUUGCUUAACCAUUCGAAAAGUGCAGAACAGGAUAAAAUAAUUGCGUAGUUAUCAUUCUCAUUGGAUAAGAAUGAUUUGGUUACAUCCAUGCGUUGUUGUGGUGUCGUUGAUGCUGGCAACCUGUGAGGCAGACAGGUUGGGUCGAUUGGAGCGUCAAAUGACACUGAUGAAAUCCUUUCAGUCCUACGUUGAAGUGAGAUUGGACACAAUUGAAGGAGACUUUGGUGCAUUAACCGAAAGAGUGUCAACUCUUGAAUCAAUAGUUAAAACCUCCGAAAACGAUACUGGAGGGACUGACAAUUCAAAGAAUGGGCAAACGAAAGGAACAAUAAAUACACAAUCUGAUUUGAACGAUAUCAAAACUUCCCUCCAAAUGUAUAAGCAUUCGUUUCAAAAACAUAAAAAGGAAAUACUCAAUGUUAAAUAUGAUGUCAAAGACUCAUUUUCGGUAUUUCUGUCGAAUGCAUCCAAAACUGUUGACACAUUAGUCAAAACUGUCAGAGACCAUUUAAGAAACAGCGCAGAUAAUAUAUCAGCUUCUUUGGAAAAGAACGUCUAUGCAACACGGGCACAUGUCCAAAACGAAACGAUUCAGCUAGAAAAGAAGGUUGAAGAGCUAAUAGGCAGAGCAAAUGAAGUUGUUGGCAUCAUUGAUGAGCAGAGAUCUACAAUAGAAGACGGUAUAAUGGUCACCAUCAGGGGGCUUCACAUUUCCUGGAGUGACUGGUCUGCAUGGUCCGACUGUUCUCAGUCAUGUGACAGGGGCAGGAAAAGUAGACACAGGUCAUGUAAUGUACCUCCACUUUUUACUGAUGGCAUUUUUACUGGUGAUGAUACAGAAACAGAGGAAUGCGUCAUUCACGAGUUUUGUCCAUAUUUGAGUGAAUGGUCACCAUGGUCCCGAUGUUCCCGAACAUGUUACAAUGGAACAACGACGAGAGACAGAACAUGCCAUGCUCCAGCUUCGAUCACCGCUACAUGCCAAGGAAAUAUAACUGAAAAUCAGACAUGCCUGACGUCAGUCGAAUGUCCAGUGGAUGGCCAAUGGGAUAUAUGGUCCACAUGGAGCACCUGUUCUUUGUCCUGUGGUGACGGCGUGGAGACCAGAAACCGAUCUUGCUCCGAUCCAAGUCCAUCUCAUGGCGGGAAACCGUGCCCGGGACCUGACUUUGAAACACAACCAUGCAACUUGCAGCAGUGUAUCGUUCAUGACUGCAGCGAUGUGUUAAAACGAGGCUUGUCACGUGGUUCGGGUGUGUACAAAAUCACGCCCUGGAAUACGCACAAGGAAGUGGAAGUUUACUGCGAUAUGGACACCGAUGGUGGUGGCUGGACGGUGUUUCAAAGACGAUUUGAUAUGUCUGUUGACUUCAACAGGGGCUUUGUGGAGUACGAGCAGGGUUUUGGCUCACUGGAUGGUGAAUUGUGGAUUGGUCUGGAUCUUCUUCACUCCAUUACAAGCCGGGCUAACAUGACCUUACGCAUUGACUUGAGUUUACCAGACGGAACUACUGGAUUCGACGAGUACUCGGGGUUUUAUAUUUCUCCACCAGACCAAUACAUCUUCAACGUUGAUAGGAGGAUCAACUCAGCAGGAAUGUCCGGUUCCUAUCUUCUCUCCGACAUCGGUGAUGAUCAGAAUAUCAACCACCAGCCGUUUUCAACAUACGAUAGAGACGUGGACAAGUGGUCGUCUUAUAACUGUGCCCGAUACCAUGGAGGAGGCUGGUGGUACAAUAACUGCGCGCGCAGUGACCUGAAUGGACAGUACAAUAUUGGCAGAUUGAAUUAUUAUGACUGUAUCCUUUUCAGAUUGAAUUAUUAUGACUGUAUCGAUAACUGCCAGUGCGACGACUGUAAAUUGUACAGACAGAAGAUGGAUUUGAAUGAUUCCAAUGCCAUGAACUGUGAGAUGGAUGAGAUGGCUAACACCGUAAAAACACAGAAAUCAGACAACAGCAAUACCUUACCGCAACAAACCGAAUCGAUGAGUGUUGAUAUGUUGGAUAAGGAAAUGUUCAUGAAUUAUUAUGAAAUGUUCAAACCGCAGAUGGAUUUAAACGAUUCCAGUUCCAAUGCGGGAAUGAAAAGAAAAGUGGAAAAUGGUGAGAUGGAUAACAUUGUAAAAAGACAGAAAAUAGAAUACAGCAAUACCUCCCCCCAGCAAACCGAAUCGAUGAGAGUUGGUAUGUUUGACAAGGACAAUGACUGUAUGGAUCUUGUUUGAUAUUUAUGCAAAAAGCUACAAUGUGCUUCUAUUUGAAAUAAAUGAACAUAAAACCAAUAUGAAAGUUUUGACGAUGAAUAAUAUCGAUGAAUUAUUUUUUUGCUAUUAUAAGGUCUCCAAAUUGUGCACUGGUUACAAACAAUCUACAAUCUACAACAUGUCAAGCAAAUCAUCUCCUCAGCACUACUCAACUGAAGACGAAAAACUACAAGCAAUGGCAGAAGACUAUUUGCGAGAUGCGGCAGAGUCUUGUAUGGAUGUGAGCAUGGAUGAGAAAGAAUUCAGCGCAGUAAAAGUAAAAGCAGACGUUCUUACUCCACCUGCUAGCCCGAUAAGGAAGAGGUUCAAUGCAUGGGAAGGAAAAGAUGAAGCUACAGCUGUUGUCCUUUCAGAUGAUGACGAUAUCGAGGAUGGGAAUUUUAGCGAUGAUCUUGAAAAUUCUUCGCCGGCUUCCCCUUUGGAUCAUGAUAAAGUUGCGAAAAUACUUGAACAAAUAUACACUAUUCAGGAGUCAAAAUAUGAGGCAGACCAGAUCAGGAGGUGCGUUGAAAUGUACAGAGAGAUCAAGUAUUGUGAGACGGAAGAAGCGAGGACAGCACUGAGACACAGUUCAAACGAUUAUGCUGAACCUGAGAUUCUAAACGAUUUUCUGUUGAAGCACAUAGGCUAUAUGUGGGAAACGAUAAAACCGUAUUUAUGAACAAUGAACCUGGGGACUCUGAGUAUCAGGACUUUGGAGACAUUUAGUGUGAUAUGAUGUUUCAAGUUUUUGUAGAUAACGAUUCAAUUGUAAAAUAAACAUGAAAAAAUGAAAUAUUCUUUGUCUUGUGUUUUCGUAAAUGUGUAAAACGCAGCAAAUAUAGACAAUAGUUUAUUGUGUCACCAACGGUUAAGACUUGCCAUGUUACUGUUGUCAAAACAUUUGAAUUACAUAAACUGAAUGAAAUUGACUUGACACUAUAUUAGUGAAAUAUUUUUGAACCUUUUAAAUAAAGUAUGGCUCACAACAACGGUAAAAAAAACUCAAAAUGUAUUUCGUAUGAUAAGAGACUCGGAAAACGUUUCAGAGCUUGUCAUUGGUGCGGUGGCUACAGUAACAUUGACUAUCGCUUGCUCGUUAUGAAACAAUGUGCAUUCGAACAUUCCGCGUGUCCAAGCUGUUUUGAUAAAUACAACGGCUUUUGUCCCGCUUGUUGGAUAAACCACCCGGCACGAAAAAUGAAUAGAAGAAACAUUAAACGUUACUACAAAAGAUUGGGUAACUCAGAAGGAAAAGAUUAUCUGGCCAGAAUCAAGCAAAGCGCAAGAGAACAGUUUAAGCAAAACGUACUGAGAUUUGCGUUUCUAAGACUUAGGAUAACAAAAAAUUAACAUAAAAAACGAAUGCUUUGAAAUUGCUUUUUAUUGAAUUUUGUAAUAUUCACUUGUAAGUGGCAGAAGUAAAGUAAUUCAUGAAAAAUCUUGAGUGUUUUCGUUGAAUAGUUCCAUACAGGCAGCUUCGUCUAAGGAUUGCAGGUUGUCUGUUUGAGAUUUCAAGCGCAAAACUUCGUCUUCCAAUGCCGUGUUAUUUUGCUUAAGCUGAUUGUUUUCCGCAGUCAGCUGUGACAGAUUCAAUGUCAAGCGUGUAACUUCGUCCUGCAAUAGUUGACUAUCGUCCGUAUUCGAGUUGUGCACAUGAGUUUGCUUAUACCGAUCGUUCUCUCUGAUCAACCUAAACACCUUUUGCUGUAGUGCGCCACAUUUCUUGCGAUACUCGGUCGUUUCUAGUUUGUUUUGCAGAAAAGUUUUUUCGAUAUUGUCAAGUAUUGAGACGAUUUCUUUGAACGUAGACUCGUGCUUGUUAUCACCCAUACAUAGUCUCGCUACGAAGCCGGUUAUUUGUAAAUUAAGGUUGCUUAUGUCCGUCAUGUUUGUAUUGUGAGCUAGUUCACUGUAAGUGUUAUAUAUCGUGGAAAGAAAACACACAAAAAGUGAAUUACUUUGUUAUGAUAUAAUGACUGUUGUUAAGAUUAGUGUCAUACACACUCUCAAACAAUUAUGUCGAGCCAAUCAGCCACUCAUUCUGAUGAUGAUUAUUUCGAGCGUGUUGUAAUCGAAUACUGUAACGGUGAUUGUUCUGAUGAUGAUUCUGCUGGUGAUUCUUUCAAGGAAAUUGAAGCCGAAUAUGAAGAUACAUAUACGUAUUAUGACAUAUUGAAUCGUGUACAGGAUGCUUUAGCAGGCAUGGACAAAGGUAAACUUAUGGAAAAGUAUGAAGGUGGAUAUAUAUUCAGCAAUGGUAGAAGUGUAGAUAUCAAAUACAUGGACAAAGGACAGUCGUACGUAGUAUCUGAUUUGUUUAGAAGUCGCAAGGAACACAUUACCUACGAGAUAAUUGAACUCAAAUAUGGGAGUUUUGACAACACGAAAUAUGAAAGUAAAGAGUUUGAUCCACCAGUAGUGAUAGUUUUCAGUAAUGAUGUUCCAUGUUUGAAGAAAUUUCCAACGUAUCGAUGGUGCGUGUGGAAUAUUAUAGACAAUAGACUGAAAAGUUAUGAUCGAGAAAUGUGUCAAUGCAAAUGUUGUAGAAAUUCUUCCACAUCAACACCGAAAAAAGAAAAGAUAAAACACUAAAGAAAUUUUAAAGAUAAAUGUCUUUACGAGAUGUUUAUUUCCUGAAAAUUAAAAUAACAAUUACUAAUAUAACUACUCUGUCCCCAUCUCCGUCUUUAGUCUCCACUCAAUAGAUAGUUGGAGACAACGCAUUAUUUUUUUCAUAUUAUAAGGCUUGAAAUUUGUUACUUGUCAUACACAUUCUCAAACAAUUAUGUCCAGUCAAGCAUCGACACAGCAAACAACGCCUUGUGAGAACACCAGUGAAAACGAGCAAAAAAGCGAAUCUUGUUCUCAGCAACCCAUGAAUGAUAUCAAUGAAUAUGAAAAAAUGAUGGAGAUGGCAGAAGAUUAUUUGCGAGAUGCUGAAGAACAAAAAUCGAGCGAAAUCGAAUCCAUGCAAGUUGACAACCCAGACGGGGCAGCUUGUUAUAUGAGAAAUUGCUGCGUUUGUGACGGAUACUGUUAUGAUAGUGAUAAUUUUGAAGACAUUGAGAACGUAGACGAGGAAGUAAAAAUUGACGAAAUUGAACCAAGCAUUCAAGUAAAUCAAUUUCAGUUCACCGAACGACACAAGGAAAAACUAAUAAAAGCUAUUGAUAUUUUCUCUGAAGGAAGAUUAACGAGAAAACGGAACACUCGCCACCUGAAACAUUUGCAAACAACUCCUAUUCAGACAAGUGGAACAAGAGAUGUUUACAACUGGGUAUCAGGAUUGAAAUUUUGCGCUAUCUCGGAACACAAAAACCCAGUCGGCUACCCGUGUACCUAUUACAUCAGAAUCAAACAGAACGAGUCAAAUAAAUCCGUUCGAUGUUUUUUGUAUUGCCAUUGCUUUAGCACGCGAUGCCAGAAUCUUGUUGUUUCAAAAUGUAUAUGGAAUUUUAACAUCGAAAUACAAUGAUAAUAAGCAGAUCAUGUGUUGUUUCAUUUAAUUUCAAAAAUAUUGCAUAUGUUCACGAAACAUUUUUUGAUUACAGUAAAUAGCUUUCAGUAUAUGGUCAUACUUAGCCAUGCUUGAAAAGACAUUUGAUAUAGCCGCCCUUAAGACACGAUUAGGUAAAUGCAUGGUACAUGGCUUAAAAUAAUGCUAUGAGUGGAACGAAUAUAGUUCAUAUAUAAAACUUAUAUUUUCUUCUCAUGUCAUACUUGUCAAAACCUACUGAUCUAGUAUAUACAAAUUAUGGGUUUCAAGAAAACAAUAAAAACGUGUUUAAAGAAGUUGCUAAGAAGGUCUGGUGCAAAACAGAAAAAUAUGGACAGUGUGCAAUUGAAUGCGAACAUCAAUAUGGCAACUGAAAUCCACACGUGCCCGAAACUAUAUCCAUGUUUGAUUUGUUUCAACAAGGGGGAUGCUGAGAAAACAGAACAGAGAGCCCCAAGCCAUCAGUGCCCUGAACUGUACCCCUGUUUGGUGUGUUUGGUGCAAGAAGACUCGUCGAGUGUUGACAAAACUUACAAAGUUGUUGAAAAGCUCAGUAGCAGAGACUUAGAGAGAAAUGAGAAUCACGAAGCACUUCGCCAGUUCUUCGCCAGGCGUGGGAGGCAAUUUGUGCCAAAACAGUUUUAACAAUAAAUUGAGUGAUGAACAGACAAUGAAUAGUAACAAAAUAAAAUGUAUGAACUGUUCGUGUUUUAUUGUGUUUAUCUAUAGUAAUCUAGUUGGGAUCACUUAAGCUUCAAGAACAACUAUGCUUGCACAUAGUUAUCAAACGAGUAAUGGUCAUAUGGUCAUAUAUAUAUGUGCAAAUCGCUAUGCAUAACUCCUCAAAGAUACACAGAAUGUAUCGUAAAAUGCUACAAAGUACGAUACUUAAGCAAAAUAAAACAUGAAAUAAAGUAAAACAAUCACAGAAUAAUGUUACGAUUUUCGGUACAAGCUAUACUGAGCUGAUUAUUAUAAGGGAAAGUGUUGUCUGUCGUAUUCACUUGGAUACGGUUGAACCAUGUAAACAAUACUCUUUGUGUGUAAAAUUUGGGAUAUUUUCUGUGUUUGAAGAGUUCUCGCUGUGCGCUGGUCGGCCAUCUUGAAAAAUAAAUUGUGAAGGUCGUAUUUCCAGCUUUCCUGCGAGACGGCAGUUCAGAUGCAGUCGUCCUGUGUGUCAGAAAGCUGGUGAUCAAAAUGGUUGAAGGCAGUACCCAAGAAAGUACAUUUACAAAGUUGUGAGGAGUAACCUAGCCUAUAUAACCUGAAGCUCACCCAAUAUGCAGUGUGUUCUGCUCUGUCAAUAACAACUCUGUAUGGCUGGUCUGACCUCAGUGGAGGUUGUUCGUUUAAAUGGUUUCGGGACAUUGAAGUAAAACAACACGAGAAUGUCCCACCAAGAGUGAAGGGCUGCCUGUUUGCUUCAGAUUCCCAGUCCUCCUCGCUGAUGAUUUCUGAAGUCCUUACGCAGUCACCCCAGUCUUCAACCUCAGUUUGUACAGAUGAGAUGCCAUACACAGGGGAUCCGACAGAAGACAGCAGACAGAAUUCGUCGAUCUAUUUGAAAUGUCAUUGUUUAUUUGAAAAAAGAUACCUAUCCACA